AGGUAUUUUUAAGCCGAACGCCAGCUUCCGGUAAAUGACUAGUAGCAGAAGGUGAGAGUGCUCUCGUGUGCUGCGGGGUGAAAUCUCUCUUGACGUGUUUUUUAGACAGAAACAAACAAACAAACAGCCGGAGAUCAACACUAACGAGCAUCAACAAGCUGCCGGUUAGAUGUAAUGAACCGUGGAGAUAUAAAGAGAUAUUAAGAGAUACAGAGCGGUUUGUCUGUUGGACGUUGAGUUAGCACACUGAAGCUAACCGGCUAGCUCCUCGUCGUCCUGGAGACAGAACCCAGAAGAACCUGCACGCUCAGCACCUGGACGUUCAACCUGUUAAACACUCCUCCAGCCGGGAUCCGCCACGUCUUCUCUUGUUGCCAUAACGGAGAAGAUUCAUUUUUCAUGUGUGCACUGGGGCCGGUUUCGACAUUUUAAUGGGAGGCGGCUCGCUUUGGACGAGUGGACAUUGCGGGCGCCAGUUGCGAAGAAAGCGGAGGUCCUGGCUACUACUACUACUACUACUGCCUGUCGGGCUCAGAUGGAGUCCCUGGCCGGCUACGUGUACAAGGCAGCCAGCGAGGGCCGAGUCCUGACCCUGGCCGCACUGCUGCACAACCACUCCGAGUGUGAGAUCCGGUACCUGCUCGGCUACGUGACCCAGGUGGCCGGGCAGAGGUCCACUCCUCUGAUCAUCGCGGCCCGGAACGGACACGACAAGGUGGUCCGGCUGCUGGUGGACCACUACAAGGUGGACACCGAACAGACCGGCACGGUUCGGUUCGACGGCUACGUCAUCGACGGGGCCACGGCGCUGUGGUGUGCAGCUGGAGCAGGACACUUUGAGGUGGUGCGCCUGCUGUUGAGUCACCAUGCCAACGUUAACCACACCACCAUCACCAACUCCACCCCCCUGCGGGCCGCCUGUUUCGACGGGCGCCUGGACAUCGUCCACUACCUGGUGGAGCACAAGGCAGACAUCAGGAUCACCAACAAGUACAACAACACCUGCCUGAUGAUCGCCGCCUAUAAGGGCCACGCCGACGUAGUGAAGUUCCUGCUGGAGCAGGGGGCGGACCCCAACGCCAAGGCCCACUGCGGGGCCACCGCCCUGCACUUUGCAGCAGAGGCGGGCCAUCUGGAAAUCGUAAAAGAGCUGGUGCGCUGUCAAGCAGGCAUGGUGGUGAACGGACAUGGCAUGACGCCACUGAAGGUCGCUGCAGAGAGCUGCAAAGCAGAUGUGGUGGAGCUGCUGCUGGCGCACGCCGACUGUGACCCGCACAGCCGCAUCGAGGCCCUGGAGCUGCUGGGCGCCUCGUUCGCCAACGACCGGGAGAACUACGACAUCCAGAGGACGUACCACUACCUGCAUAUGGCCAUGUUGGAGCGCUACCGCGACCCAGAGAACAUCAUCACCAAGGAGCUGCUGCCCGCCAUCGAGGCCUACGGCGGGCGUAGCGAGUGCCGGACACCUCAAGAACUGGAGGCCAUCCGGGUGGACCGGGACGCUCUGCACAUGGAGGGGCUGAUGAUCCGGGAGCGUGUCCUUGGCUCGGACAAUAUAGACGUGUCACACCCGAUCAUCUAUCGCGGCGCCGUCUACGCAGAUAACAUGGAGUUUGAACAGUGCAUCAAACUGUGGCUUCAUGCGCUGCGUCUGCGCCAGAAAGGCAACCGGAACACGCACAAGGACCUGCUGCGCUUCGCCCAGGUCUUCUCCCAGAUGGUCCACCUGAAGGAGCAGGUGUUGGCCUCGCCCGUCGAGCAGGUGUUGAGCUGCAGCGUGUUGGAGAUUCAGCGAAGCAUGGCUCGAGUGGACGCGGCGGCGGAAUCGGAGCUGCCGCAGGCCCUGGACAAUUACGAGUCAAAUGUUUUUACCUUCCUUUACUUGACCUGCAUCUCCACCAAGACCACCUGCAGCGACGAGGAGCGCGCCCGCAUCAACAAGCACAUCUACGACCUGAUCCAGCUGGACCCGCGGUCGCGCGAGGGCUCGUCUCUGCUCCACCUGGCCAUCAGCUCCAGCACGCCGGUCGACGACUUCCAUACCAACGAUGUGUGCAGCUUCCCCAGCGCCCAGGUUACCAAGCUGCUGCUGGACUGCGGCGCGCAGGUCAACGCUGUCGACCACGAGGGCAACACCCCGUUGCACGUCAUCGUCCAGUACAACCGGCCCAUCAGCGACUUCCUCACGCUGCACGCCAUCAUCAUCAACCUGGUGGAGGCCGGCGCCCACACGGACAUGACCAACAAGCAGAAGAAGACUCCGCUGGACAAGAGCACCACCGGCGUGUCGGAGAUCCUGCUGAAGACGCAGAUGAAGAUGAGCCUCAAGUGCCUGGCGGCGCGCGCCGUCCGCCAGCACCAGAUCACCUACCGCAACCAGAUCCCCAAAACGCUGGAGGAGUUUGUGGAGUUCCACUGAAACGGACCUGAGGACAGACUCUGCUCUUUUUAAAGAAUUUCUUAUAAUUUUCUAACAAAUCCAAACAGUGCUGAGGACGAUGGUUCAGCACUAACAGUUUUUGAGCAUUUUUAUAAAACAGCUGGAUGCUUGUUUUCUAUUAUAAGUAUUAAUUGCUACGUACCAACAGCCAUCGACGGCGAUCCGUCCGUCUGUCUGUAUCUCUGGGCUGCAGCUCGUUCACUGCGACACAUCAGAGGAAACUUCCAGCUGACUUUCAGCUUGUUCGUGCUGCGACAGCAGAGAGAGGACGGCGGCGACGUCACCGCGCUGCUUCUUGUUUUGCCUUAUCUCCACGCCGGGGAGCCGCUAUGUUACUGUGAUUCUACAGUGUGAGUGAAUGAGACACGAUCAGAAUGAAUGAGUAUCUGUAGAGAAGCCAACAGACGGCCGACCUCGCCUGCUUUACACGCCGUCACACACAUGAUUUUUUUAAAUAGUUUUCACUGUUUUAGUUUCUACUGUAACAUCAACAAUGUGCCGAAGAGAAAAGAGGCAGAAUAAGGACACGUGAUCUGACUGCUGGGCAGAAUUUAUACCAACAAUCAGGCUUUUAGUUCAUUUGAUGUUAUAAUAAAGGAUUUGCUGAUAACAAUUACUUUUUGAAAAUAGUUUUUCUCUUGGCCUGUUUCACUAAAACAGUGCUAUAUGGCCCAGAGUUUGCAGACACCCCGGUCCACAUGUAUCAGAUCUAAUGGAGGGAAGUCUUAAUGCUACAGCAUUCAAUAAUAUUUUAGACCAUUUGGUCCCCGUUAAACAAAGCAAUAUCUACGUGGGAUUCCUCAUUUUAAAGACCUGAACUAGUAAAAACGAUCUACUAGGGCUGGGACCAUUCAAAUAUAUAUACCAGCUAUGUGAUUCGUUACUAUCAUGAUACUUGGGUGCCAAUUCGAUAUGUAUUGUGUGUAUUAUGUAUUGUGAUACAACGAGCUGUAUUCACAUACAGUGCCAUUGCACUGACUGUAUCUAGCAAGCCACACGUCGCUACUGCGGUAUGAACCCAAAAUAAACAGAUUGUGCUGUGAUUUAAUAUCAAUAAACGGAUCAAAAUGAUGCUGAAAUAACUACAUAAUGAUGCUGAUUUGUAAAAAGUCCAAAUUCAUGCUUUGUCCGGUCCGUCCACAAGACGACAAGCAAACAACUUAAAAUGCUUGUUUUCUGAAUGGAGUUUGGAUGGAUCAGUACGCGGCUAUCCAUCAACACUCAACAUAAAGUCAUCUAGGCAUAAAUACGGCAGCGACGUUGUUGUUUCUACCAUAGACAGUCUGUGGUUUCUACACAGAGUUUGGUCCCGUCUCUGUACAGAUAUGAUGUACUAUCGUAGCUCUGGGUGACCACAGACACAUACAAGAUUUUACAUUUACAUAAAUUUCAACUCCUGCAAAUGCCAUUCGCGUCGCCCGAUGCAAAUUUGCGUCUAUUCGCUUCAUUGCAUUGACUUUGUGUGUAAUCACGCCGCAUGAAAUGCUUGAUUCGCUCUUGGUGUGAAUGCGCCAUAAGACUCAUAGAAGCCCAAUGGAUGAUCUAAACAAAAAAUGCAUCGUCACAAAGCUGAAAACUGGUCUGUGUAGGAUGGUAUAUCACAGGAUGCAGUGGAAGAUGUUGUAAAGUUUGGGUGUCCACAUACUUUUGGCCAUGUAGUGUACGUUCGUAAAAUACCAAAUACUCCCUGAACAUGAUGCCGCCAAUCCCCAUUUAUAAAUUGAAAUUAUUUUUUAUUCAACAGUGAAGUGCAGGACGAUGCCACCUGGUUUAGCUUCAGCUUCGCUGUCAUCGGUAUGACUUAAUGUCCUCAAAUCCUUUUCAGAUUUCUUCUUCUUUUUUUUAUCAAUUGCCUGAGGUUCUGGUCGGUUCUGCAGGUCUGUGUCGGAUCAUGUCCAACGACUCCUGAUCACCGUUGUAGAGCGAGAGUCUGUGGACUCAACGCUGCAGAGAAAGUUUAUUGUCAUUGUUCUUUUUACAUUUUAUUUUUGUUUUAUGUCGUGUCCACUCCCCAUCUUUGCUGUUUGAGCCUCAUGUAUUUCCAGAGCUAACCAUCUGCUUUUCCAAAAUGUAAAUGACUAGUGAUCUUUGUAAAACCCAGAAAGAAAAAAAAAAAAAAGUAUUUAUUCAUUUUAUUUCUCAAAUUUCACCACUGUUUCCUGAUCCAAACAAAGAUGUGUCUGGAAAUGAGACCCGUUUGUACGACGUGAAACAAAACCCGACUUAAAGCAAAGCAUUAAUUGUCGUACAAAACGAGAAGAUGUGUCGACUCUGGCUGCAAGGAGGACAUAUAUGCUGAGGAAUGUUUAAAACCUUUUUUUUAUGUUGCAGCACAGAAUA